AUGAACGAAACUGUCUCACUCCAGAGGGCCUGGGAAGAGGCUAUUUUGUCGGAAAUGAAGUCACUCGAACCAUGGGUGGCAGGCCAUGCUGAAGAGCGGGGACGCCUUGACCCGGAGAGCUGCAGGUAGGUUCGUUUUACAUAACAACAUUCCAUGCGGGGUGUAGAGCACUAUCUGAAGGUCUUCGGGCGGAGAAACUUCGGUACCUCCAAGCAAAAGUUCGGGCGAGAGAAAGCAGGCAAAAGACCUAUGAAGACUUUGUGAGUAGUUGGUCAUCCUUUUUGUGACCUCAAUUCCAUUGAUUUCGGAGCGUUUUUCAAGCUUGAUAUCCUUUACUAGGCCCUGGUGGGUGACAAAUCCUACUUCUCCUACCGUAAUAGAUUAGUUUUAACUAUUUUGAGGGACAAGUAUGUCGUAUCGGUGAUGCAUUUACGAAAACGAGAUAGGUAUGAUAAUUCUACUACGGUAACUUACGUGUUUAGUUUAAUUUGCUUCCUGGAACAGUGGGUUUUCAGAUACUCAAUCGUUACAUUUCCAUAUAAAAUUUCUUAGUCCUAGACACGAUAGCCAACCUAUUUCAGAUACCUGCAGACAAUUGCAUUAGCGUAUGCAAAUAGCUACGGCUUACAAAAUUAGCGUGACUUAUAUUAAACUAUAGUAUAUUACAGCGUGUAAAAGCUAGAGACACAAAAUCAAGGCCCAUCGACGGUGCUUCUUCGUCUGGCAACAAGUGUUGUCUGUAAUUGUGUGUUCCCCACUACUGUGGUCUUCUCCAUAAACAACUUACAUAUCUGAAAUAAUAGCUAGUCGACUGCGAUUACUCGGCACAAAAGGGAGUGGAAAUAGGGGCCCAUUAGUGCUUCAUAGCAGGAUUUUGCUGGUCCUAACAUCUCUAAGAGCGUAUUAUUCCAUCCUAUCGUUAUUUAUCCUUGUUUAUCUGGUCACAUUUCUUAAGUCUUUCUAGUCACGUUUGUGCCCCGAUCCAGGACAUUUAGUGGGCUGUUGUUCCCUUCCCCCCCUCUAACCUCGGCCUUAGCAUCGAUUUAUGUUCACAGCAGCCAACAUAGUUUUGUGAAUUUAUGGGAAAUGCAAAUUGACUGCCUGUUGGAAAAAUUUACCAGCAAGGAAGGGCAAGUACAUUCGGAAUGACACCUGUGCAUACCAAGAAAGUGCAGCAAUGAAUUUAAGUGGGAACCCAGUCUCAACUCUCUGGCAUUUAUAUUUCUUUCUGUAGUCGGUAGUCUGUCAAAUAGUUCUAAAUUACAACCAUCCUUAUAUGCUUGGACUUAUUAGACAGCGUUCCCUUUAUUUUCGUCAGUUAUCUGCGAAAGAUGUCCAUACCUUCCUUGACUGACCAAUACUCUGCAAACACUGCGGGCUAUGAUCACUGCGCCAGCCAUCAUCUGGGUGCCUCCACUAGGCUUCUUUGUUCUUGUUCCAUGUGGUAUUCUCCACACAGCUGGCGGAGUGUCAGUAGAACUUAACUAAUUAUGAAUUUUUUCAGGGGUUGCUGAACUACGUUAUUUGAAAGUGUAUCUACUCAAGAAAACAACGCAAAGUCACCCUGCACUUCAACCGCAGGAAGCGUAAGUAUACGCACAGGGAACAAUAGGAACCAACAGAGGACAGGUCUUGUAAUCUCACUACCGAAUCGCUUGGGAUCAGUAGUACUUGAGGACAUUGGAGACAAAGCCACUUAUCAUAUGCAUUAGGCCGUGCAGCUUCGUCCCACAGAUCGCCGAACAGAAAUUUCCUCAACCUCAGUUCUCUGCGGGAGCAAAUAACUAAUGGUCGGGAAUUUUGAUUAUAAGUCGCAAGUAGCAUUGCAUGCUGCCUACAUUCGACAUGAGUCCUACUUUGUAAUGUCAAACUCGCGGGGUCAGGCGGUGAACAGUUUAAUUAACUGUUGCACUAACGUAUUAAUCGCUUGCCCGGCCAUGCCAGACCGCGUACGGAGAAUUCCGGUGGUCAAACAAAACAUGUGGGGGUACAGUCAGCACAGGCAACCUUUCAACCGGGUAAGAUGGCGCGUUCCAACCAAAGGCCCUGUGAUGCAGAUGUUAUACUGGAUUAACCAGUCUCUGAAGAAGUGACGGAGCUUCUCCGCCAACUGUCUAGUAAGAGUGCGCCGUUUUUUUCAUAGUAUUUCCUGGUCCCGAAGACGAUUUGUCAAUAGUGUGGGAGCGGAUGCUUCAGCCUGUGACGGAGGAGCUUGCUUAAAGCAUACGAAGGAGGCUUGGAGCCCCAGUCACGAAAGGUAGUCGCAAAAGAUCUAUUAACUCGAUACACGGAAUAGGAACCCUUUGAACCUUAUUCCUGUAUCGUCUCUACUUAUUUGAUUUAGGUAGCCUGAGUAAUAAUCUGUAGGGCGCAGUGGCGCUAAAAGCACCUUUUAAAAAAAUAGAAGUGGAGUGGUGCCUAGAAGAGGAGAGAGUGAGGGUGAAGUCGAUUCUGAAAACUACUCCCCUACGUCACUCAGUGCAUUAUCCUCAUUAGAAAACGUCUAAGGGGCCGUGGCUUGAAAGGUUGCCAACAGACGGGAUAACUCGGCCUUCCUCUCAGGACGGAGAAACAGGUUGUACUGGUUGCCUCCCAAUAUGGCCUCGACGAGAUUAACUUAUGUAUAUGCCCCCCUAAACAAGACACCUGAAUAGAAACGCCCCGCCCAAGUAGUAAAGGUGAAACUGCGCAUAAUUCCGGAAAGGGCAAAAUAUUCCCGUGCCCUAACCCGCACAAUAACCCUGAUGUAAAACUAAACCGCUGCCCUAAUCUUGACUCUGACCCUACCCUAAACCGUAACUCUGCAUUUAACACUUGCCCCUGCCUUAGCCCUAAACCCGAUCCCGAAUUACGUCAUCACUCACUUUAAAUCUAACUCUUAACCCAAUCCAUAACCUAGCCCUGACCCUAACUUUGAACUUAACCCCAACUUUACUGGAAGUCGGCUCAAAGCCACCCGUAUUACAGGUGGUUCCUGUUCAUGUGUUCUGUUUAGGAGACUAUAUAAGUCAGUCCUACCAUGGCCUCUACGGCACUCCCGCUCAUUUGGGGUCCAAGCUGCACAUUUUGUGUUUCUGUGAAACCCUGGUCCUUUGUGCGCGGACCAGACCUGUGUGCGUGACACGCACGCGCAGGUGGGUCUUUUAUCCUUGUCAGCCAGAGGGCCUGCCCCGCCCCCGGCCUCCCUGUUUGCGUCUGGACACCGGACUCAGUUGGGUGAGGAAGGAGGAAGUGUGGUAGAUGCUGCACAAAUCCACUACCACCAUAAACCAAAUCACGCCGAAUUCACACUCUUGUAUCCGAUAUGCUGCGGGACACACGGCGGACAUCGUAAUUUGCGACGGUCGAACUGUAAGGUGGAGUUGUGUGUUAAUUAAAUAGUAGAAAUGCAGGACACAGAAAUAGGUACCCAGCAAUGCGAGUGGCUUUACGCUAAAUUCCAGGAACAUUAGGUUUUGAGCUAAAGCUAGGGUAAAGGUAAGGGUUACGACUAAUGCUGGGUUUAGGGUUAAGCUUACGACCAAGGUUAGUGCUAAGGCUAGCGGUAACAUCUGGAUUAAUGCUGGUGCUACGGCUGGAGUUAUGAUACGGAACUAGGAUCCCUUCUCGGAACUUAUCGAAACGCCACCUAUAUUAUGGGAAAAACGCGCCGAAUGGCCCUUCUAAGGUAGCAAACAAGUAAUAAACAAAGUCUUCGCAAUUCAAAUCUCUUAGUAGAAAAAACUCAGAGAUAAUUGCUAAUCCAUAUCAAGUUAUCCAAAUCAAAUAAGUAUACACGAGUAAGGACUAUAAUGUAAGGGGUUUCUAUUCCCAUGUAUCGUCUUGUUUUUAUUUGUUAGCGUCACUUUCGGACCAAUAGUUUAAGUAAGGUAGUGCCGAACUCGAGAGUUUUUCAGUGACCUCUACAAAGGACAAAAGAUCAUUUCAGACGCAGACGUAACGCCUUUCACGCAUAAUACUUUAGAUAAGUAGUGGGAGGUAGUUUAACUACGCAGACAGUUGAUGUUGCCCGUACCUAUUAAUUCCUAUUUGCUAACCAAUCCUCUUAACGUCCUUGAAUCGCUGCAGAGUGACUGCGGAUCGCCAACUACGAGGAAGGCUUUGCAACUUCCUUCCAUAGGCCUGACUGUUGUUGUUGAUUUUAUCUUUCUAAUUUAUUUUGGGAACAUAGCACGUUUUUCACCUCUCAGAAAGCCUACAAUGAGCGUAUCAUGAGAGACGACCAGGAGGAACGCGAUCGACUGGCAGCCAGAAAAGCCCGCCUGAAAAAGGAAUACGAGGAACAGAUUCAACAACGUCACGUCAUUCUGCGAGGUCAGAGCAGGGAAGAGGAGAUAGCAAAACGGGCCUAUGUGAAAAAUGAUGAACCCCCGGAAGACGAAAGUUUUCAGAGGAAGGUAAAUGUUAGAGUGUUCACAUGCCUGCCAAAUGACUCAAACCACUUAUUCCCCCUUCCUCCCCCCGCAUUCUCCCCAGACAGUGCGUUUUUAUCAUAUUUAAGUUUUUUUUCUCGUCACAAACUCGCCGCAUUCCUCGAUAGUUGCCCGUCCAACAACUAGCCUCGACCUUGUCGGUACUGAACAGCUAGGACUGACGAAGAGUAAUUUAUUGACGUGUACUAACAGCGCAUAUAGGACGAAAUGGAACAUACGGGAAUGCCCAAGGUCAGGCCGAAAUAAGACCAAUCAAAUAGCAUUCUUGAGUGAGUAGCAUCUCGGCUGGACUUCUGACUCACCUAGCCGGUUGGGUAGAACUCUGAUCCUGUCGGGAGCUGGCGCAACAUCCGCACGCGCAUGGCACGUGGGCGGAUCUCAGGGCAACGGUAGGGUGAAGGAACACACUUAGCUGUCGGUAGACUGUGGAUUGUGCCAUACGGGGACGGUGGUAGCGGGAGUUUUAAGGGUGGGGCAGUACGCCAGAUAAUAAGCUGACAAAAUGCGAGAAAACACACAAAUUGUUUAGAUUUCUGCCGAAAGUCCUAUCGUACGCUUUUGUAUGGCAACGGGAAUGAGUGUGUUAACUAAAAAAUGAGCAAAAAGUAAGUCUCCAAUAAAACGGAUUUUGAGUAAUGGUGUAAGGUCAUAGGAAGUAAUUGUUAUUUACAGUGUAACUUCUGCAAAAGGCCUGUAAAUGGAUGCCAAGAUAAAACCCCAUAUGACAUGAUCUACAGUCCACCGACAGUUGACCCUUUUUGUCCGACAUGAUCAUUGGAGGCUGACCAAUCGCGUGCCAAGUACUCCCGGAGAUGAGUGUGAUGCCUGGGGCUGUUUAGCUAUAGGCGAACUGGUGCUCCAUGGAUGGUAACCGUAGGGCACUUUCUCCAUGCCUCAAACUCGAUUUUCAACGGGCCCAAGAUGGAGCGAGACUUUGGACCGGAAUGGAUUGAAGAAUGUAUGUGACGUCUCAUCUGCCUCUUUCGUACCUUUCAUUUGGAAGGUUGGCUUGCUCUGCAGUGGUCUUCCUUGCGUCCUCGCUUAUUAUAUUUUUGAUAUACCUGCUUCUUGUAUAGGCAGGAGCUAGCGAAAUGUCACGCACCGCGUUGCUAACAUGCCGUUGGUGGGUUUUCUGGACGUCGACUCCUGGGACUUAUACGGUGACAUUAACUUGCUAUUGGUGACAGCAUAAAAGUUGGUAGCGGCGAAUGUGGCACCGAGUUGCUCCACAAUGGCAGAAUAGUGCUAAGAAUUAUAGAUACGCUGACACUCGAAAGUCAGUGUCCGUAGGGUUGGGUCGGGAUCUUGUGCAUUUGUGCUAGGCAGACGGGUUCUGAUUUCAACAUUGCGGGGUGACUGAAGAGCGCACAUGAAGAUGGUGCACUUAAACUGGCCUUACAUCAUCAAUCGCAGCUCUAAAUUUUCACACUUGCGGUCGACAAUAGUGGCGAAAGUCCGAAAAUCAUCCGCCUCAAUUCUUCACCAGCUUCAGGGAGUGGUGUCAGGUACUGAACAAUGACGACUUCUCUCCGAUGGUCCCUAAGAGUUGCUUGACGGUUUCAUCGAACAUGGAUUUACAAGGUUUCCUUGGCAGAAUCAGGUCAGUGUACCGCUCGCGCUCGUUGGUACCAAAGCUGUGCACCUUCCACGCAUGAUCGGUACUAGAAAAUUCAACGUGUAAACUGUCUUCCCAUCGGUUGAGCCAAAAAUGAAAAUCACACCCGAAUCGGGAUUAUAAUUGAACUCACUACUUCUAGAAUCAACUGCAUCCGCUGAAGUUGACCGCCUCCAUGAGGAUGCUGGAAAGUGCAAAAUGAGCUUUUGCAUCAUGAACUCCAACAUCAUCAGAUGAGCUGCAUCGAACUGAGCCCGUUGUUGUUGUUGUGGGAUACGCGGUAAGUGUUUCGCGGAAAUGGACAUUGUGAGUUCUGCGUCGGCAAUUUGCCGUGAACUUGCUGCACGCCUCGAUGGUUAUUCAUCCAAUAAUUCGUCUCCGCCUAAUUCCCAGAUUCGAACUGAACAGGAAGGACGGAAGAACAGGAGUUUGUUGACAUACCCUACUAGCGUAUAUAAGGCGAAAAAGGAACAUACGGGAAUGUCCAAGGUCGGACCGAAAGUAGACCAAUCAGAUAGUAUCCCUGAGUGAGCAGUAUGUCGCCUGCACUUUUGACUCAUCCUGUCGCGACAUCAGCACGCGCAUGACGUGUGAGCGUAUCGUCAAGACGGCGUGAGAACGAACAGGUUAGGACGGCUCUUCCUAACGCGUUUCUGGUUUGUCAGAUUGUGACACUGUGUAUUCCGAUUAGACCUGAGCAUUAGUGCCUGACGCCGACUUGUUUUUAGUUCUUUGCCUGGCUUAUGUGACCCUAGAUGCAACCUUUAACUUUACCAAAUCUUCUCAUACAUGCUGCUGUGUCGUUUCUUUCGUUCCAACUUACCAAAUGUGUUCACUAAGAUGUAUGCUUUUUGCUGACUUAAGUAUAUUGAAGUACGGUGGUAUAUUAUACAAUCAUGCAUACUAGUUUGUCAUAGGUCGUCCACUUUCACCGUCCCUUUUGUCCAGAAUUAUGCCUCUUACGAAGAUGCCUCUGAUCUAAACUUGAAAUAAUUACUUUGAAUAGGUCACUUUAGAUUUGGAACUCGUAAAGAACAUUCAGCUAUAAUCGGAUUUGGUUCCUAUCGGCCAAAACAGUUUCAGACCACAGGCCCGCAGAAACUGAACUAAGUAUGUAAACGUGCACUGAAAAAACAGGGUAGAGAAAUUGAAAUUUAGUGUUUCAACUACUCAAUCAGUAGGUUUUAUAUAUUAGUUAUGUGUUGUAAAUAAUCUUGACUCUCACGCCCAUCGCUCAUCAUGUAUAGGUUCAGAGACAGAAAGACGUUUUGGGCUUCCUAAACUAUACGCGUGACUUCCAGACAGCUCAAAGGGAACGGAAUAGGGAAUUGGGCCGCCUCUUCGAAGAGGAAGCCAGGAAGGUGAUGGCAGAGCAGCAAGAGGUCCGUAAUGUACAGGCGCGUGCACAAAAAAGCCUCAGAGAGGAAACGAAGACUGCACUGCUGGGCCAAAUUCGAGAAAAACGUAAGCCAAACCAACGCUUUCUGCUGUAGCCUUGGAAAUUCCUAAGAUGUGUGUGAAUCCUUCUUCUCCUCUGUCUCCGUUUGUGAAAGGAACAACCGACAUAUCUAGUUGCUCGACUGAGUUGAGCACAUCAAGUACGGAAGAAAAGACGACAAAAGUAUAUUUAUCAUGCUGUUAACAAAAGCCCUCUUUUGAUGCAAAGGAAGGUCUGAUAUUCCAAAUGUAUGUUUGUCAUUAAAAUAUGUUGAGGUAUUGUGAUUCUCGUCGAUAAAACUAGUUCGAAAGAUAAAGUCGACUUCAGGAAGUAGGAAGGAAGACUGUUCAAUCACCAACACCAUUUCUUUACUUGUCUGAGCUUUCGAAGUCGUACAAGAGAUCAUCGUCAGGCAUGAAAACAGCAACGAAACACACAACAGUUAUAGGAAGUAUAUGUCAAGCAAACGCCAACUAUGUAGAUCUGAAGAUGACUGCGCAGGACUCUGUAUUCCGGUGCCAGAUCGAUACAUCCGUUGACCCAGUUCCCAUCCGAGGCACAGGCUUCAAUCAAUUCGUGGCUUCUCUUGCUUCUGGAGUGAGUGACUAGUUUGCUGGCUGUGAAGUUAAACUCAUGACAUGUUUCGAAGGCAUGGACAGCCAAUUGUGUUAGUGCGUCACUCCGUCGCACAGCCAGCUUAUGUUCGUGUAUGCACGAUCCGAGCAUACGUUCAGUCUGGCGUGUGUAGUUAGGAGGACAUUUUAUGCGCAAGAUAGGAUACGCUACGUCUGGCUGCUUCUUCUGGCUUGAUGGGUCCCUGAUUUGGGGACCCUGCUGAAUAUGGUAGCUUAGGGUCGGUGUCGAAUCCCAACACCAAAUUACGCUGCGAUGCGCUCGAUCGCCCCUGGCACGUACAGUGAGUGACCAACCUCAUGAAAUACUGGCUGAAAUUCUGAAAUGCGCUUUUGAUUAGGAAAGAUUACUUAGGGGCGGUUGUAAUAAUGAUUAUCUUGCGGCACUAUCCAAUAAUAUUUCGGACUCGGCAGGAUGUCAGCUUUUGAAUACACUGCUUUUCAAACUCCUGUAGAAACCGUACUCGGUAAAAAAAAAAACGAUUUUUUAUGUGGCAGGCAUUUUUUACAUUGUGAUUUAAUGACCUUGAAAAUGCUAAUACUUUUUAUAGAAACCACGCACUGAAAUAUGCUUUAUUUUAGUCUAUUGAUAGAGAAUCACGUCAUCAUUAUAUCUUAUACUCGAAGAAGGAGUAUAAUUAGGUUUUGAGAAAGUUCUCCGAAUAAUUUGGAGCCUCAUCAGUCGUUGCAUUAUAGCUUAGUGAUUUCAGUCCACAAGGUGCAUGCGCUCCCACUAAAGAAUAUCACAUGUUCUUCUAUAGCUUUAAAAAGGUACCAUAUAGAGUCCAUAAAAUUUUGCAACGAAUGCCGACUAUUUUGCACAUUUCAUGAGGAGAAGCGGUAAACGCACAGGUACGAUGCUGUAUAAAUGGACAUUGCGCGAUCAUAAAAAAUUUCAUAAUUAGAAACUUUUCUAAAACCUAAUUAUACAUCUUCUUCGAGUGUAAAAUAUAAACAUGACGUGAUUCUUUAUCAAUCGACCAAAAUAAAGCGUAUUUCUGUGCGAGGUUUCUAAAAAAUAUAUUUGAAUUUUCAAGAUCAUCAAUACACAAGGCAAAAAAUGUAUGCCACUUAAGAAGUCGGCCUUCAUCGAGUACGGUUUCUACAGGAGUUUGAAAAACAGUGUAUUCAAAAGCUGACAUCCUGCCGAGUUCGAAAUAUUAUAGGAUUGUGAGCAAAAUAAUCAUUAUUACAACCACCCCUAAGUAAUCCUUCCUAAUCGAAAACGCAUUUCAGAAUUUCAGCCAAUAUUUAAGAAGAUCAGUCUCCCUCUGCAGUUGAUUUAUGACUGAGCAUGCCACACCGAGAGGGUUAUUUCUGGUUGUGCCUCUGGAGUGGCGGACACAUAAGCAUCGACUUAUGAGCGCCUUCGGAUAACCGUCCCAUAUGACUUGACCGCGGAGAUAUAGGGUCUUAUGUGCCUUUUCUUCGGGUUGCUGCAGUUACCCUGUAUUUGCUUGAAGAGUGGUCUCACACAGCUUCGUUUGUGAGCCACCGGUUGGUCGGUGUGAAAACUGAGAGGUUGCGCGGUGUUUGGCACCUGCCUGUAGACCGUUGUUUCUAUCUCGUCGUUGGGAUUUCGCCUUACGAGCACACCAAGGAAGGGUAACUGCUGCUCCUUUUCUCAUUUUCUCAUGAACUGUAUAUCUGGGAUGAUUGGGUUGAGUAGACUGUGGAAAUUUUGCAGAAGGUUCUUCCCGACAGUAGUAAACGUGUUGCCAGCGUAACGGCGCUUGCUUUGUGAAGGCAAUCUUUUCCGGGUCUUCUGGGGCUAGCUUUGUCACUAGAGCAUAGACUGGGGAACCCUUUGAAGUUCCCUUGAUCUGCUCAUAAGUUUCUCCUGGAAAAGCGAAGUAGGUCCUUUGGCAAAAUAUGAGUAGCCCUUUGAGGUUUUCAAGCGUGCGCGGACUCCGAGUUUCGUUGUAUGACAUCUUACAUCAAACUUGGCGGGAUAUGUUUAGAUGACGGCGUCAAGUCGAAAGAGACCAUGAUUCAGAACAGCCCUCUUCUUCCCUAGCUAUCGGUACAUCUGGAAUGUGAACGCUUUCCUCAACUGUGAAAAGUGUACAUAUGGGAGCCCGACCGGAUAAUCCGGACGGGGACGCAUGCUAACAACUGAUACCACCAUUCCCGUAUGACAUGAUUCACAGUCCUCCAACCAAGAAGGCGGAGAGGAGGUAAAGGAUGACCACUCCUAUCGUGACGCUGAGCCUUCAAUUGCCCACAAAAGGCAGCCAUGAACAGUUGCACUAAUGUGUUAACAAAUGACGUCCUUUCCAAAUUUCAUAUUUAAAGAGGCAGAUCCAUUCGAUCUUUAAAAACUUUUUUCAAGUCCAGAAAAAUUCUGAACCAGAUCUGCCGUUGUACCUGCAUUCACGGUUUCCAGCUUACAUCCUGUAUGCAUUCCGUCAAUGAAAUAUCACGCAUUUCCCUACAUUGUUAUGAAUACUUCAUAUAGGCCUCCUAAAACUGUGCAAUGGAUGUGGACUGGGUUGUAUACUUUAUAAGUAGCACUAAUAAACUUGCUGAUGUGGUGCUGUAUGAAUAGACAUUUUGCGUUUUUUUACAAAAAUUAAAUCAGAAACUUUUAAAACAGAAUAAUUGUCUUUGUUUGGAUGUAAAAUUUGAAGAAGACUGAUUUUUCACCAAAUGACUAGAUGAAAGAAUGGUUUUGUACACUUUUUUUCGCUAAAAUAUAAUUUUGCUUAUAAGGGCAUCGAAAAUGAAUAGGAAAAUUUUCAUACUACCUAAACAGGUUAUUUACAGAGCGUAGUUUUUGCAGUCACCCAAAAGAAGCUCAUCCAAAAGCCGGCAACCUGUCGUGACUGAAAUAUCUCUGUGGUCAUGCUGCACGAUGGCGAGUAGAAUACAUACAGCAUUCAGGAUUUCGGUUAACAUUUCAUGAAAUAGCACACAUUUACCGUACUUAUGAACAGAAAUUGAGAGAUGGGCGCCGACUCUGGGGUAGAAAAACUCUGAUCGGAAAUUCUCUAAACGCUACGGCCGAGUACAAGCAAACAGUGCACAGUUUAAUUUUUACUUAUGUAAAAGGUUAACGGGGGAAGUUUAUUUCCUUAAAAGACAUCAGGACGUAGUUAGCGGUGGUGGAAUUACUUGGGACAGAGCCGUAAAGAUGAAAACUCAACUUCAUUCAGCCAAGUAAUCAGUUAGCAUAAGAUAAGCAGAUAAGUGUCCAUGGGUGAACGGAGAACAAAAAUGACAGUUCAUUUUCAAAAACCCACUUGGCGUGUGUGCGCGUCGCGAAAAGCGGAAAUCUCAGUCGCUUCGACUUUUUUCCAUCCUUAACGUCCAGCAGCAUUGCCAUGAAAAUUGUUCUUUCUACAAGCUGUCUCUCUACAGUCUUUGUUACGAAGACUACCAGUAUCGUUCUUCUGUCGAAAGCGCUACCAGGCAUGCCAUGGUAGGGUUCUUUCAUCAGGUGCUUAGCAUUUUACGGGCAUUCCCAUCCUUUUUCAACAUUUUCUUGUGAGCUAAACUAGGACGGUUCAGAGUAUCUUCUUGCUUAGUGACAUUACUUGUGAAGUUGCCAUGUGGCAGAAUCAUCUCAUAUUAUUUGUGGAAUCCCCACUGCGACCCCGGCAGAAGUUUAUAUUCCGAUCAGGUAGCUAGUGAGGAUGGGGUCUAAGACGUAGUCAGCGGCGUUGACUGAGAGAUAUGUUGGUGGCUGUUGCAGGCUGGAGAUUUUCGUAACUUUUUCAGCAAUGUGGGAGGGUGGCAUUUUUGAUGUCCUCUCCACUCUUGACUCUUCGUCCCAUCGCCGAAGGUCGAUGUGAUCAUCACCAAGUGUUGAUGACCGCGCUCUUUGUUUAAGUCGACUGAAAUUGAGUCAGCCUUCGCUGCUCUUCUAUGACAAAACUUCUGGGAUCCAUGUAAUCACCUUGCACAGGUAGGAAAGCACGCUGAAGUCCGCGUUUGAUUCGACCUGUAAUAGUCUGUUGAGGAUCACUUCGCAAACUUAAACUGAAGUGUACAGAAUUCUUCAAAGCGUGCAACGACGAACCAUAAGAUCCGCUAUUUCGCUGGAUAAUUAUCGAAUAUGUAGCCUUGCAUAGCCUUUGCUUCCACAAAAAUGUCUACUUAUGUAGUUUAGGUGAUCCUGAUUCAACUCCCUCUCUUUCCGUACAUCCCCGUCACGCGUCCCUCAAGCGUCGGCAUCAGGAUUAGCGCUCGGUUUAGGGCUACAGCUAUGGACCACGAGUUAGGGUUAAGGUUAGUGGUUUAGGUUAGAGUUAAGGAUAAGUGUAAGGGGUUAGGGCUAGGACCGGGGAUUAGAGGUUUUCGUCAGGGCUAGUGGUUAAGGUUAGGGUUAAGAUUUAGACCUAGGUCCAGAGUUAUGGGUUACGCUAUCCGCGUUGUGAAAUUCAGUUAUAUGUUCAGCUCCGGCCAUCAGACGAGUCGGAUUUAUCGCUAUAUUCUUCACAUUUUUCUCCUUCAAUAUGACUGGUCAUUACUGGCCAGGACCAGUUCGCCUGGAAUAUAUAACUAAUGCCGUCGGUUUUCUUUUCGUCCGUCUGCGGCCCUUAAUUUCCAGUAUUCCAAAUUGCUCAAUCGCGUUUUUACGUUUUCUUUGUGGUUUUAAGCCAUCUCGUGAUGUAACUGUAAAUUAUUUUUCGCUUUACUUUCCUGAAAACUGUUAUCUGUCAGUUUCGUUUACCUCAUCCGUAACACCUCACAAUUACCACAAUUUUUGCACUACGUGAAUCCUUGUCUCUCGUUUUCUCGAUGGGACAACAUAUCCGAUCGUCACCUUUCCCUGGUAGAUCUGUAAGUGCCUCAAACGCACUAACCUCCCACCUCUGGCAUACGCUUCGCUCUCAGGAUCACGUGACAACUACCUUGGGGUCGAAAGAAUACUCGCGCCUUCAGUCCCAAAUGACACCCAAUCAUAGAUGUUCACGAGGUCGGAAUAAUCCAAUCAACUCACCAAGCUGACGUUGGUUAUCGCGUGAGAAACAGCCAUUCGUUGACAUAUCAUGCUUGUUAAGGGAAGUGCAUUCGAGCCUAUGGCCGACCGCGCAUCAGGGGGCUCAGGCCGUCAUCAGGCUCCUUUAUGUAAUAAAUUCUUCAGUUGGUGUCUCCCGCAUUCUCCUGUUAGCGACAACUACGUCAUGAGCUACGUCAAUUAACCCAGCUUUCAGAAAUUUUUGUCCGGUGUCACCUAAGCAAAACUGCCUGUCAUGGUUAAGCCAAAUCUUCACGAAGUUUUCGACUGACUUGAUUUCCCUGUUUUUUCCUGUGUCACAAAUCACACCCGUGGAUAGGAAAGCGCAUUAUUCGAUGGUAAUUAGGACUAUAUUCGGUAAGAUCUUAUUGUGCACCCAUGCACACGGAGCAUAAUACAGUUGACCUACUGAUUUACUUUGAGUAGGCGUGAUUACGUUGACUUGGUGCUUGUCGUUUCCUUCUAACCCUCAAGUUAUCUGGGUUCGGGGUUGGGGUUAGUGUUGGGGGGUAGGGUAGGGUUAGGGGUUGGGGAUUUUGGCUACCGGCUAGGGUUAGGAGUUAGUGUUAGGGGUCAUGGGAUAGGUUUAGGGGUUAGGGUUAGUGGUUGGGGUUAAGUGUUAGGGGCUAUGGGUUAGGGGUUAUGGUUAGUGUUAGGGCUACGGUUACGGUUUGGGCUAGAGUGAGGGCAGCCCUAACCCUAACCUUCACACUAGCCAAAACCCUACGAUCAAUCAUACCUCUUAACUCGAUCAACGCGCGGGUGUGCUAUUUCCGCAUAAUAUCGCCUAUCCAAAACAAAUCUGUAGUUCGGCAGUAUAAUCCUCAUCAUGUACCGCUGACACCGUGCCGAAUGACGUUGACCGCGCCUUGUCGCUUUCGAUUGGCUGGUUGGAUCCCUAAAGUAUCUUCAUCAUUGGCGCUUCAGUUUCGGCUCAUUUAAAGUUUUACUGCGCACUUCAUUAACCCAUUUUCUUCAAAGAAAUUUCACAGCUAUCUCACUAGCGUGUCCGACUGCCCCACCCGUAAAAUCCCUCUACCACCAUUCCCAUAUUACAGGCAGCUGGGGUUAGAUUACUUCAUAGACGGCUGCAUACUAAGAUCUGACCCUAUGUUCUUUUCUUGCCUAAUGGCAAAAUUAUUCUGACAGAAUGAUAUGCGAAGCGGGUAUCCUGUCUUUCUACUGUGCAGGGCCUGAGCAAGUAGUCCCCUUUAUUACAUACUUGUCCCCCAAUUAAGGUUACACGGACGUCUGCUAAGUAUGAACCCGAUGCAUGCUUUUAUGCGAAAGCCCUACCCACUUCCGACGUCGUGCGUACACAUCAAAGGGUAUGCUGUAAGAGGAGUACAUUUAUCUUAAAGAAACAAAGAUCAAAAUUAAUAAUUCAGAAGUUUUGAGACUUGUAAAGUUUACGAUUAUACACAGAAGCUCCGAGUAUAUGGACAUUUCUAAACAGUAUGUUGGCGUAUGUGUACUGGUCUCACUGUUGGUGGCUCUCAUUGUAUUCCACCUCUUUUAGACGUUUAAAUGCACAGAUGUUGCAGUAGUAGUUUAUUCGUUUGACACUAAAACUCCGUAUGACAUUCCUACACGUGUUCCGCCAAGCUCUGGUAGUGUGAGGCUUUUUACAAUGACUGUCCAGUCACAACCAUGCAAAGUGACCAGUCGACGCGGACACGCUCCAACUUAGCUCACUCGGACACUCCUAUCAAUGAGGGCGGGCGAAGCACCGCCACUGUCAACUGACAAAACUACGUAUUUCUUCAUUAUUUCUAUACAGAUUGCGGCUGUCCUUCUACUGAUUCCUGUAUUCUAUUUGAGACCUGAUCUGGGGAUCACAGUAGUUAGGGUCUGUCCAUGACUUUGGCUGCUACGAUCCCUAGCAGACAAAUUUUUCAAUUUAGUUUGAGCUAAACUGGCACUUUUACUAGAUGUUGUAUACCAUUAUUUUCUACAUUAAAUCUGAUCUCUCAUUCUUUAUAUGGUUAUCAUCCUUCCACACACAAAUUAUCGCUUAGAAUUAUCCAUCAUCUGACUAACCUUCGUAACUUCCACGAAGUUUAUUGUAUACAGAACGUGUCUGCAACUCUCAAUUGACUGGAAUACAUUAUUCAUUCCUAGAGGUGCGAUUGGCUGGCCAAGAUAAUCAGACAUAUGACCCGGAUAAGUGCUUCCUCAACAAACUGUUCGACGCGGAUGAUCUUCGGCAAGCAUGUACAAAGGCGCUGCAUAACCAACGCAAUCACACGAAACAGACUGAAGAAACAAAGUCGGCCGUGAAAAUAAACGGCUUUCAGGCGUUGGUUAACGGACAUUCCCACCAAAUAUCAAAGGUACCCGAAAUAGACGUGCGUCCCAAGUCUCAUGACUGGUGA